AUGUCGGUUUCUGCAGCUUCUCUCUCAGCUGCAGCUUCUGCUUGUGCUGCUGCUACUGACCUAGAGGCUGAGUUAAACUGCUCCGUCUGCCUGAGUAUCUACAGGGACCCCGUGGCUCUGCACUGCGGGCACAACUUCUGCUGGGAGUGCCUGGACAAGGUGUGGGAGAGCCAGGCGACUGGGAAGAGCUACUCCUGUCCAGACUGCCGGGCCGAGUACAACCAGAGACCAGAGCUACAGAGGAACCUGAAACUCUCCAACAUCGUGGAGCGCUUUCAAGCCAGCAGAGGCUCUCCGAACCCCCUAUGCUGCGAUUCUCUACCCAGCACAGGUGGCUCUCAAGAGGGUGGAGAGCCUAUGAGGGAGGGUCACCAAGAAGAGAAUGGAAGUCUAAUGAAAGUUGUGGGGCUUGGCUGCUUGAAACACGGCAGACCGUGGGUUUCCUACUGUCGCCAGGACAGUGUCUGCCUCUGUGAGAUGUGUCUGACAAGCCACAAAGGCCACAGGAUGCAAGCACUGGACACAGCCGUGGCAGAGAGAAAGACCACCCUGGUGGAGGAGAUAGGCCGGCUGGAACGGGCGAGGGAGGUCUUGGAGAGCACAGCUCACUGGCUGCGGAGAGCGAGGGCUGAGCUGAAGGCUGAUAGGAGGCGGCUCAGGGAGCAGGUGUCUGGGCUGUUUGCAGAGAUCCAGGCCCUGAUCCGAGCGGAAGAACUGGGCAUCCUGGAGUCCAUCGAGGCCGAGGAACGCUUGCAGAACUCCAGUUUGGAGGCUCGUAUUGGAGAGACAGAGAGCAAGCAGAAAGCGACAGAUAGUCUCCUUCGGGAAGCCCUUGAGUUGAAGCUUGAGGACUCCUGUGAAUUUCUGGAGUCAAUCCAAAAGACCCUGGACAAGCUAUUGAGAUCAGAUGUUCAUGUAAAGCCAUGCAAAGUACACAAGAGGCAGCUGGACAGGAAGACAGUCAGUCAGGCGGGGAAGCAGGCAAACGGGUUUGUCAGGGCAUUGGGUCAACAGAUUCAUGGGCAGCUCGCUAUGUGCCAGGAAGCUCUGGUCCAGAUGGAGCCACCAUCUAGACAUUCUGCCAAAACGGAUUCAUCUCCAAGGAACUCUACGGAUGAGAAGGAUCAGUUUGCCUGCUUGACUCUUGACGCCAACACAGUCCAUUGUAAUCUUUCCCUAUCAGAGGAUCUCCGUUGUGCUGAGUGGGCGGAGCAGCGACUUCCAUACCCCGCCCACCCUGAACGGUUCAGGCUCCACCCACAAGUGUUGUGUGCCCAGGGGUUCACAACCGGGAGGCACUACUGGGAAGUAGAGGUGGGGGGUUCUAAGAAAUGGGAGGUUGGCGCCACAUGUAAAGGGCCAGGUCAAGCCUGGGUGGACUCCUGCAUCUCUUGGGUGCUUCGCUGGGAUGGGCGGCAGCUACAGGCGUUCCAGGGCAGCUCACGUUUCUCCAGCCCCUCGCUGAGAGCUGUGAGGGAGGCACCCAGGAGAUUGAGGGUGAAGCUGGACUGCAAAAGAGGGACACUCUCCUUUCACACUGCAGAGGAGGGGAAGGCUCUCGAUGCAACAGAUAACCGUCUGGCUGCUGCACAGGAAUCUGGGACACUGUUGUAUACAUUUAAUAUUGAACUGAAUGGACCGGUCUACCCUGGGUUUUACCUGGAGCACUCCAUGGUGAGACUGCUGCAGACAUAGAGGGACGUGGAACUGGCGGAGCUACUUUUAAAUGUAAAAGAGCUACCUAAAAUGGCUGAAGCACUUUCAAAAACCUCUGCUGCUGCUGCUGCUGCUGCUGUCGCCUCGGAGAUGGAGGCUGAGUUAAACUGCUCCGUCUGCCUGAGUAUCUACAGGGACC